GCACGGCGUAUGCACGACUCAUCCGCUACGUCCGUCGUGCCUGCCUGCCGCUGCUGGCUUUAUGCUCCAAAGGGCACGCGCGAUAGUCGUUCAGCCGUCGCGCCACCAGGACGGUGCAGUGCAGCUGGUAACGCACACGCGCGCACGCGAGCCUGGAGGAGGACACCGAGAUCAUGGCACCGGCCCUCAGCAAAUUCGCCACCAGACGCACGCUGGCCGGCGCGGUCGCGGUCGGCACGCUCGUCUGGAUACUGCGGAACCGCAGCAGGAGGCGGACGCAGAAGAUCAAAAACAACCAGUGGCCGAUUGGCAAUGACAUUCAGUAUGUUAUCAAGGAGGAGAAGCCGAAGGGCCCCAAGGCACAGGUCAACGUCAUCUUCUUCCGCCGGCUCUGUCAGCUGCUCAAGAUCGGCGUCCCCGGCGUGCUGUCGCCGGAGUUUGGCUUCGUACUCCUGGUGGCGACCGCCCUGGUCGGCAGGACCCUGUGCGACCUGUGGCUCAUCAAGGAGGGUACUCUGAUAGAAACGUCGGUCGUCAACAUGGACGGCCCGUUGUUCAAGCGGCAUUUGCUGACUCUGCUCAGCGUGAUACCGAUGAUAUCAAUCGUGAACAACAUACUGAAGUAUGGUAUAAGCGAAAUGAAAUUGAGGUUGCGUACAAAUAUCACGCGUUAUUUGCUGGAUCAUUAUCUUAAAGGAUUUACCUAUUACAAAAUGAGUAAUCUGGAUACUCGAAUUGCGAAUCCGGAUCAGCUGUUAACUACAGACGUCGAUAAAUUCUGCGAAAGCUGUACGGAUCUUUACAGCAACAUAGCGAAGCCUGUGCUAGACAUCAUUCUUUACGUUUAUAGAUUGACAUCCACUCUUGGCGGGCAGACGCCACUUUUGAUACUUUCGUACCUGGUAGUAGCUGGUGCCUUUUUAACUCACAUUCGCAAGCCGAUCGGAACAAUGACGGUCAAAGAGCAACGACUGGAAGGGGAGUACCGUCAUAUCAAUUCAAGAUUGAUCGUCAAUUCGGAAGAAAUAGCCUUUUAUGGUGGAAAUAACAGAGAGAAAUUGACGCUGUUAACUAGCUUCCACAAACUCGUGACUCAUCUUCGCAAGUUCUUGGAAUUUAGAGUCGUGAUGGGCGUCAUAGAUAAUUUCGUUGGAAAAUAUUUCGGCACUGUGGUCGGCUUCUACGCGGUGAGCAUACCCUUCUUCCAGAAGAACCACCCCAUACUCUCCGGCCCGCCCGAUCACAGAUUCAGAUCGUACUACACGUACGGCCGGAUGCUGGUGAAGCUGGCCGAGGCGGUCGGCCGAUUGGUGCUGGCCGGCAGGGAAUUGACGCGGCUGGCGGGAUUCACGGCCCGGGUCACCGAGCUCAAGAUGGUCCUCGACGAUCUGAACGCCGGGAAAUACGAGAGAACGAUGGUCUCGGAUUACAAGGACAACGUGAUCGGUCGUCCUGGUAGCGGCAGGAUCGUGCCGCGCGACAACAUCAUACGAUUCGAUAAUGUACCCCUGGUGACGCCGAACGGAGACGUGCUCAUCAAGGAGAUGUCCUUCGAGGUGAAGUCGGGAGUGAACGUACUGGUGUGCGGCCCGAACGGUUGCGGCAAGAGCUCCAUGUUUAGGAUUCUCGGUGAACUGUGGCCGAUCUGGUCUGGUACCAUUACGAAACCACCGCGCGGUAAGCUCUUCUACAUACCGCAACGGCCUUACAUGACGUUGGGCACAUUGAGAGAUCAGAUCAUAUAUCCCCACACGAAGGAGGAGAUGAAGAGACGCGGCAACGUUAACGACGAGGAGCUCAAGAUGUACCUGGAGCUGGUGCAAUUGACUCAUCUGUUGGACAGGGAGACCAACAAUGAAAGACAGGGCUGGGACGCGGUGGCUGAUUGGAUGGACGUCUUAUCGGGUGGCGAGAAGCAACGCAUAGCAAUGGCUCGGCUGUUUUAUCAUAAACCGCAAUUCGCAAUCUUGGACGAGUGCACGAGUGCCGUCAGCGUCGACGUCGAGGAUUCCAUGUACAGAUACUGCAGACAAGAGAACAUCACGCUGUUCACGGUCUCGCAUCGUCGCUCCCUUUGGAAGCAUCACGAGUACUACUUGCACAUGGACGGUCGAGGAGGCUACGAGUUCAAGCCGAUCGAACAAGACACGAUAGAAUUUGGAUCGUGAAUUCUUGCGUCCCUUGCACAUACGCGAAAACGCGCAAGGGACAUCUAGCUCUUAGCUCAACUUAGCUCUUCUUUUUUUUUUCAUUCUACGAUUGUUCAACAAUUCCGGCAAUUUAAUAGACGAUAUUUCAUCUAUUAUUCAGCAGUUUUAAUAUUAGGCGAGAUUUUUACCACGACGAGAAAAUCGGUUGUUGAUUAUUAAAUAUGUAAUACACAGGAUGCCUUUAUACAGAAUGUCCAGGUGCUAAACAGAACGUGCAAAUUAGGCACAACGGUAAACGUAAUUACGAUAUCGUAAUUUCGAGCGUUAUCGCAGAAAUAUCCCUCGUGCAGGUAUAUUUGUCACAAUGACAUAUUUUUCGAUCAAUAUUUUUUUAUAGCGAGAUAAUAUAGUGUUGGCAAAAUAUAUUCUCGGAUACACACAUUUCGAGCUUGGAACUUAUGUGAUGUCAUAAUAAAUGACGGAUACUUUUUAGAUCCUCAGAUCCUCUGAGGUAUAACUGUAAAUAUAUGCAAUUUUUUAUAGUUAGAGUUUUUCAAUGUAAAGUCGAUUAACCCCCAAUGGUCAAUUGAUCACUUUCUAUUUGACGAACACUUGCCAAACUAAAACAAAUGUAAAUGGUAAGGUAGAAUUGAAAUCGUGAGAAUUUACUAAUGUUUGUAUCAUAUCGAGAAAAGUGUAUAUAUAUAUAUAUAUGUAUAUGACACGGGUUUUACUGUAAAAUACGUUUUUGUAAGAGUGUGAUUAUUGAUGUCGUCAUGUGUGGAUCACAACGAUAGAUAUGUCACUUGGAUAGAUAUGUGAGUCGAGCCGAGAAAUUAUAAGAUUGCUGGACAAUGGGGAGGACGUUAUAAUGAAGAAAGACUUGUUGCAAACUCAGAACAAAUUAAAAUCCGCGAGAUAUAUGUA